UAUUUCUAUGUCAAAAGAAAUUCGUCACAAUCAUACGUAAGAGGGUACAGACAACAUAAAACGCAAGUACUCAACUGUGUGUGUAUAUAUUCAUGUUGUCAGGCCCGUUACCAAGCAACAGAGGAAUCGACAUACAAUAUUUCGUAUGCGAUUGUCGGUACCUUGUUCUCGUCAGUUAGCUUUCUUUUCUCAUACACAAAUGUUCUUUUAUUUCAAAUCGAUUUCUUAUCAAGUGAUCAAUAUACUUGGGAGUAAAAACAAAAAAUGGCAUAUAAAAUACGGAAGCAAAAAAUUGCCGUCAAUUACAAAGUUAAAGAACCUAUAAGCAAUUUUAAAAUAAGAGUCAAAAUCGUGCAGCAAAGGCCUUUGCUUGCAGAACUGCUCGAAAACGAAGGGGAUACCAGGGACUCGAAUUUUCUUAAAGAGGAGGAUCGUAUUUUUAACUGGCAGGAAAAAGUAUUUAGUCCAUUCGAACUAAGUUUUUACAGUGAAGAAACGAAUUGUCUGACUGAAUGUCAGAAAGCAUAUUACAGACAAAUCAAAGAGAAGAAUAUCGAGGGAUCUUAUCUUUAUACCUACACACAAAAUGAUUCUUAUUACCUGGGUGACGAAUUGUUAACAAAACCUUAUAAGACAAAAUUGGCAAUUAAAAACCAAACUGCAUUGCCAACCUUGCAAAAUCGUAAACCUUUCCCUGAAAGGUACAAUAAAGCGGUCAUUGAUAAUGCACCUGAUGAAACAAGGAUUCGAACGAAUCAUUAUCUUUACAUGGAGCGUUCCACAAUGUAUGUCAUGGUUGAUUUAUCUGAACGAGAUAAAAUCUUAACACGCUCCGACGAGAAUACGGAAAUAGUGCUGUUCACGAUCACGUAUAAUGAAUUGCAUAAAAUUCUGACGGUAAAUCCCGACUUCACGGACGACCAUUAUUACACUAUCACGAAUUCCAGCGGCAUUCAAUUUAAUUAUUGGCUCGAGCAUGUUUCCGAGAAACAAUCGUCAUUGGAAUUACAGCAACAACAAAAUGAAUCGCGAAAAGAAAUUAAAGAACAUCUGAUGUACAAAGAAGCAGAAAUGUUUCACAGCUUUCAGUUAGCAUCACCAAAUGUAUAUAAAUUUUUUAUAAAAUUGGACAUUUUAUCAGCUCAUGAUUUCUUUUUUAAUGGACUUUGUAUUUCUUACUAUGUUGAUUUGCCAGAACAUUGGGGCACAAGUCAAGUUGAUAGGUUGUAUGGAAGAACUCAAAGAUGUAAUUUAAAGAAUAACUCUGCAUAUUUUAGUUAUGCCUCUGAAAUAUCAUUAGAUUUUCAAUCUGCAGCUAUCCUUGAUGCAAACAGUAUUUUACCAUCUUGGCCUCGAUUAUUACUAUCAGUUACAUCACUUGACAACUGGUUUAGAUAUCGUACAGAAGGUUAUGCUGCUGUUCCUUUGCCUGUAUUACCUGGUUCAUAUAAAUUCAAUAUCCCAACUUGGCGACCAACAGGAAGUAUUAUUAACACCCUUAGAAGAUUUUUUACAGGUGGUACUUAUGAAUUGGAAGACAUAACUCACUGUAGUAUCCCAAAAGGACAUGAAGAUAAAAUGUUAAAUAAGUCAUACUUAAAUGUUACGCCAAGUGGUUACAUUAAGUUAAAUAUGAAUAUCAUCCAUCAAACUCAUGGCUCAAUUAAACAAGAUGAUCACUUAAAUUAUUUUCAGAGAUUGAGUACAGAUAAACUUAUGACUAAUAUAGACAAUAUUUUUGAACAGUUCAAAGCAGCCAGAGAACGUAUGUUACAAAUAAAAAAUUUAAACAUUUAAUUUAUUUGAUUUUAAUAUAAAUGAUUAAUAAGCUAUAAAAAAGUGAUCUGUGAUAUAUUGUAAGUAGUAGAUAAAGGAUAAUCUGUGAUGCAUAAUAUUUGAAAAUAAACAUUUUUUAAUACA